AUGCGGAUUCUAGUUCUAGCCCUCACAAUUGCUGGCCUACGCUCUCUCCGACUACUCUAUGGCUCCAAACACCCAGAUGAAACGUGGAAUGCCUUCAUGCCAGCUAUCUGGCUACAAUUAAUUAUCAGUUCCUCAGUUCUUUGCACCUGCAUCCCAACCCUCAAGCGUGUCCUGGCCGAGCUUCACACCGGUAUGAUGGCCGGCGUAGUCUCUGACUUUUUUGAGCAAUCCGUCUCUGGUCACACCAACACGGGGGAUCGGUCAGCAUCCAAGUCUGACAAUGCCAUUGAGCAGAGAUCAGGAUCAGGGUCGGCGCCCCGUUCCCGAAUUCGAAGUGACUCAAUCGACCCAGAGCGGGUGGAUGUCCAAAAGGACCUGCACGAAAAUGCCAUGCGAACGAUCGACUAUGAGGCCUUUUACGAAGGGCCUGAUUCUUCUCGAGCGGAUGGUAACACGGACGUCUUCAAAAUCCCCUCGAGAAAAUCCAGCGUGGUGAAUGAUCUACAACAUGAUCCCUCUGCACUAAUAAAGGACGGGCUUCGCCAGGCCAAGCAUCAUUUUACCAUGCUGGACGAGAACACCAUUACCCCUUGCACGACUCUAAGCCUCCCAGUCUACAUGGGCGAACUUUCUAUACAGAUUAGCUCCCUCAAAGCUGUCGCCAUGAAUACAUUGCCACCCGCCCCCUCUGACUUCAUCUCUAUGGACGCUGCUGUCAGCGCUUUUAUCUGGCAACCCAUCGCCCGCGCUGGGAUUCUCGUCUGGGGGAUCUGGAUUGAUGCUUACACGCCAGUCGACAUGAGACAGCGUUUAUUCCCCAGGGCUGUCCUUCUUGCGGUCUCUGAAAUACAACACCGACAUACUAUCCAGAAACUAUUCGAAGAUCCUUUGGGCUUCGCUGCCAAGCUUCGGUCCCAGCUAAAUCAGGCGAACAAUGAUGUAUCCAAUAACAAACUGUGCCCUUAA